AUGCAUGUCUCCGGACAUUUCUAUCGAGCCCUUGAUCUUACAACAGAGCUUCUUGAAGCCGCGGGAGCCUCUGUUUUAUGUGCUGGAGCCGAAAUGGCAAUGGAAGCAGUCGUCGACGCGCUGAGCCAGUAUCGUGUCAAUGUGGUGGCUGGCGACGCAGGGCAAGUCGUCCAGAUAGUCAGAUAUAUUGACACGCUGCCUGUAGGCCAGAAAGCUUCUCUCCAAAUACGGAAGGUCCUAUAUACAUCCGAGCCUAUGACACCCGCACAGAAGAAUUUUAUUAAUUCGGUGCUCGGCGAGGUUACCAUCUACUCGGUGAUUGGGAGCGCAGAGGCUGGCCCAUGGGCUGUAUCCAACCCGUUGCUUACCAACCAUAACACCGCGUCGUCUGCUGCUGACUUUAUCUACGAUACUCGAACGAUGCUUCUCGAGGUCCUGCCCCUAUCCUUCCAAGAUACAGACGUGAAGAGUUAUUGUGAUGAGAGGCAUAUGGUGGGUGUCCCCGACGGCGAAAAAGGAACACUCCUGCAAACAUCUUUGCAGCGGCUGCGGAAUCCUCUAGUACGAUAUGUCUGUGGGGAUGUUGCAUCUCUUCAUCCACUCCCUGCGGAAGCCCGGACAAGAUUGCCCGCGGAGGAUGCUGAGCAUUACCGUAUUGUUCGUAUCUAUGGGCGUGACAAACGGCUCAGCUUCGACUGGUACGGAGAGUACUUUGAGUUUGAUACAGUUCAAGCGCUCAUGCGGCAGGCUAGUUGGGGCAUUCUUCAGUGGCAGGUCAUCCUUUGGACCAAGCCAGAAGGAUUGGACAAAUGCUUGGAAGUCCGUCUGUUACGAGCCUCGGCAUCGGAUGGCAAUCUGCUCAGUGAAGCAGAUUUGAUUAAAGAAAUCAAGCACUUCUUUAUGGUCUUUGAUUACAACGAGGAUCUCUUUCAGCUGAAUUUCCUCACUGGUUUAGAUGGAUUCGUUCGCAGUGCAACAGGCAGGAAGGUGGCCAACUUUGUAGAUAGGACUAGUUAG